AUGGAGGUAGCUUUGAGAAAUUUGGAUGAGGAUCCUUCGGAUGUAGCAAAAUUCAAUCUGGUGAAGGAUGCAAUAGUUAGGGUUCCGGAUAUUCAGAUUCAACAAAAUAUUAUGUUAAAACAGAAGUCUCGUAAUAAAUGGUUGUUGGAGGGUUCUAGCAAUUCUUCUUUUUUCCAUAAUAGCAUUCAGACUAGGAGGAGUCAUAAUACUAUUUCUGAACUUGUUGCAGAAGAUGGUACAAUUAUUACGAAGGUUGUCCAACUUAGAGAUCAUGUAGUUUCCUACUAUGAAGCUAAGUUUAAUGGUGUUGAUUUGCCAAUUGAGGAUGAGCUGUUUAAUUAUGAUCACCUGUCCAUAAUUGCUGAGGAGCGUGUGCGUUUGGAUUUGGUACCUUCUUUUGAAGAAAUCAAACAAGCCGUGUUUGAUUUGGAUGCGGAUAGUGCUCCUGGACCUGGCGGUUUUUCAGGAUGUUUUUAUAGCUUGAUUAUUCUUCUUGCCAAGGAAAAAGGUGCAAACACUCUUCGAAAGUUUAGACCAAUUGGGUUUAGCAAUUUUUUCUUCAAAAUUUUUACUAAAAUCUUGGGAACAAGGUUGGGUACUAUUUUGGAUAAUUUGGUUUCUGAGGAGCAAGUUGCUUUUAUGAAAGGGAGAAAUAUUCAUGAGAACAUUAGUUUGGCAUCGGAGAUGGUUAAUGAACUUCAAAUUAAAUGUAAGGAUGGGAAUUUAGGCCUUAAACUCAAUAUUUCUCAGGCGUUUGAUACUGUUAGUUGGUCCUUUGUUUUGGAGGUUUUUCGGAGAUAUGGUUUCUCAGAAAACUGGUGUUCUUUGAUUCUUCAUAUUCUUCAAUCUACCCGUAUUUCUAUUUUAUUCAAUGGUAAUCCGGAAGGUUUUAAGAUCAAUAGAGGUUUGCGACAAGGGGAUCCUCUUUCUCCUCUGAUUUUUGUUUUGAUAGAAGAUGUCUUAAGUCGAAAUAUCACUAAAAUUUUUCAGACUGGACAAAUGUCUUAUAUAGUUUCGGCUAAAGGUAUUUCACCAACCCAUUUAUUCUUUGCUGACGAUAUUAUGUUCUUUUGCAAGGGUAACAUGAAGAGUGUGAAAAAUCUGGUGGAUUUGUUGGGUUCUUAUCAACGUUCUUCCGGCCAGACUGUGUGUAGGCAAAAAAGUAGUAGGCGCAAGACUAUCACUGAUUUUCUUGGUAUGAGUUUAACCACUUUUCCAGAUAGAUUUUUGGGAGUUCAAGUCAUGCCUGGUGCUGUUUGUAAUGGGCAUAUCAGUCCCAUUAUUGACAAAAUCAAGGAUCACCUCUCUAUUUAG